ACCACAGAGCUUCAGAGGCUCAUUUCAAAGAGUUCAGCUUUUGCUUUUUUUUUUGUUCCUCUCUCCCUCCGGCAAUGGCGGCACCAAAAGCCGAUGACUUCCAGCCACAUCCGGUCAAGGAGCAACUUCCCGGAGUCGACUUCUGCAUGACCUCUUCUCCUCCUUGGCCGGAAGCCAUACUCCUGGGAUUUCAGCACUUUCUGGUCAUGUUGGGCACCACUGUGUUCAUACCCAUCUUGCUUGUCCCUAUAAUGGGUGGUGGUGAUGUAGAGAAGGCAGAAGUGAUUGACACUGUGCUCUUUGUCGCCGGCAUUAACACACUGUUACAGACUUGGUUUGGGACUCGUCUUCCUGUGGUAAUGGGAGCUUCAUAUGCUUUCAUCAUCCCUGCUAUCUCCAUAGCUUAUUCCAGGAGGUUCAGUAUAUUCAUAGACCCCCACCAGAGGUUCCGAGAAACUAUGGCAACAAUACAAGGAGCGCUUAUAAUUUCUUCAUUCUUUCAAAUGAUCCUUGGCUUUUUGGGGUUUGUCAGAAUAUUUGGGAGGUUUCUUAGUCCUCUCUCUGCUGUUCCUCUAGUGACUCUAACUGGACUGGGGUUCUUUGUACUUGGUUUUCCUUUGUUGGCAAAUUGUAUUGAAGUUGGAUUACCGGCCAUACUUAUACUGCUUCUUCUAUCACAGUAUGCCUCCACAAUGAAGUUGAAGAUACCAAUAUUUAAUCGAUUUGCGGUACUAUUCACUGUUGCAAUAGUAUGGGUGUAUGCAGUAAUUUUGACAGCAGGUGGUGCAUAUAAUCAUAGAUCUCCUAGAACUCAAAUUAGCUGCCGCACCGAUCGUUCUGGGCUUGUUAGGGCUGCUCCUUGGUUAAGGGUUCCCUAUCCAUUCCAAUGGGGGAGACCGCAUUUUAAUGCUGGAGAUACUUUUGCAAUAAUGGCUGCUGCUUUUGUUGCCAUAAUUGAGUCCAUAGGUGUAUUCAUUGCAGCAUCAAGAUACGGGAGUGCCACCCCUCCACCACCUUCUGUUCUGAGCCGAGGUGUAGGUUGGCAGGGCAUCGGCACUCUUCUAUGUGGCAUCUUUGGCUCAUUAACAGGCUCAAGUGCAUCAGUUGAAAAUGCAGGUUUGUUGGGUUUGACACGUAUCGGAAGUCGAAGGGUAAUUGAAAUAUCAGCAGGCUUUAUGUUUUUCUUCUCCAUAUUAGGAAAGUUUGGGGCCAUUCUUGCAUCUAUACCACUUCCAAUCGUGGCAGCUUUGUAUUGCGUUCUCUAUGCCUAUGUUGCUUCAGCUGGUCUUGGUUUAUUGCAGUUCUGCAACCUUAACAGCUAUAGGUCAAAGUUCAUAAUUGGUUUUUCUCUCUUCAUGGGUCUUUCUGUGCCUCAGUACUUUCAUGAUUACAUCUUAACAUCUGGUCAUGGCCCCCUUCACACACAUCAAAUCUGGUUCAACAACAUAGUGCAAGUAAUUUUCUCAUCUGCUGCAACUGUGGCAAUUAUAGUUGCUUUCUUCUGUGACCUCACCAUGGGCCGUGGACACAAUUCUACAAGGCGAGACAGUGGCCGACACUGGUGGGGAAAGUUCAGAAAAUUUGACACAGAUACCAGGAGUGAAGAGUUCUAUGCACUUCCAUACAACCUCAAUAGGCAUUUCCCUUCGGUGUGACACUAAUAGGAGAAUCAAAGUGUAGAGAAAAUAGAUAGAUAUCUAUAGGAGCAUUAUAUAUGGGAGACCAACUCGAUACUAAGCUUGUCAUCUUUUUGUUAUGGGUGGCCAGAUAAUGUUACAAGUUUAGUAGUAAUAGCUUGGAAACUAUCAAGCUAUCCG